CUAGGUGAUUCUUCAGCAUCGCAACAGAGCAAGAGUUGAAGUAAGCGCUGUGUGAGUGGGUACCUGAAACCAUGGCGCCUGCAAGCUUACUAACUUUUGCAGGCCUUGCGGCCGUUGCCGGGACUGGCUCGGCGUUCCUACAACCGCUCUCCCUCCCGGCUGCACCUCGAUCGCAUGCGCUCGCUGGUGGCAGGGGCUAUGGUACUCGGAUGACGGUGGGUACUACAGCAGAAGCCGAGGCGGUCGGACUAGAGGAAUGGACCAAGUACUGCGAAGACACCUCAGCUACCAAGAGAAGAACCUCGCGCACCGUUUGGGCCGGCAAAGUGCCGAUCGGGUCCGAACACCGCAUCGCACGACAGACCAUGACUACGACCAACACCAACGAUGUGGACGCCACCGUCGCUCAGGUGAUCAAGUGUGCCGACGCUGGUGCUGAUCUGGUGCGCAUCACGGUGCAGGGAAAGCGGGAGGCCAAAUCAUGCAAGCUCAUCAGGGAAAAGCUCAACGAGUUGGGCUACGAUGUGCCGCUGGUAGCAGACAUCCACUUCCAGCCGAAGGUCGCCAUGGAUGUCGCUGAGGUUUUCGAGAAAAUUCGCAUCAACCCAGGAAACUUUGUGGACGGCCGCAAGACUUUCGAAGAGUACGUCUAUGACUCAAAGGAGGAAUUUGAUGCGGAUCUCAUCCCCAUCGAAGCAAGCUUCAAGCCUCUUGUACUCAAGUGCAAGGAGCUGGGCAGGGCCAUGCGCAUCGGCACCAACCACGGAUCUCUCUCUGCUCGGGUCCUAUCGUACUACGGCGACACCCCUCGCGGCAUGGUCGAGAGCGCUGUGGAGUUCGCCAACAUCUGUCGCAAGUAUGACUUCCACAACUUCGUGUUUUCCAUGAAGGCGUCCAACCCCCUCGUUAUGGUCCAGGCCUACCGCCUGCUGGCCGCAGAACAGUACAGACGAGGGUGGGACUACCCGUUGCACCUUGGGGUUACGGAAGCGGGUGAGGGCGAGGAUGGAAGGAUGAAGAGCGCCAUUGGAAUUGGAGCUCUGCUCAUGGAUGGCCUCGGAGACACUAUCCGCGUUUCUCUGACAGAAGACCCGGAGUUUGAGCUGAGUCCUUGCGCAGAAUUGGCCGAGAUCGGCAAGCGCGCUACGGCAGACACUGCCGGACACGCGGCAGUGCCCGCCUUCGAGGAGACCACGAGAGACUUCCAGUCCUUCGAGCGCAGGACUGGGGCCUUGCCAGAGCAGCAGGAAACGGACCCAGUCGACGUGCGAGGCUACCUGCACCGCGAUGGCUCGGUGAUGAUGCCAAUCUCCGUGGAGGACCUGCAGAACCCUCAGGCUCUCUACCAAGUGCUUGGAUUCAAGACUGCCGUAGGGAUGCCGUUCAAGGACAUCGCCACGACCGACAGCGUGUACCUGGAGCAAGUCCCUGCCACAGAUGACAAGAAGGCGCGCACUUCACUUCGCCGAAUGCAGGAGGCGGGAGUUGGCGUCUUGGCACCGCUGGCGGCCUUGGAAGCCAACCCAAUUGCGAAUGCUGUCGCAGUUGUGUCUCUGGAAGACGUGGCAAAGUCAGGAGGGCAAGUCAACCUGCCGGAAGGCGCCAUCAGGCUUGCUGUGGAGAUCGAGGGGACGGAAGACCUUUCGGUGCUGUCCAACAUCUCCCCGAAGCCCAUGGUGGGCCUUCUCAACGUGCCAGCUGGAGUCAGCCGCGUUCAUGCUUCUCGGCGAGUGUUCCAGCACCUCGCGGACGCCAAGAACGAUCUGGCCGUUAUUCAUCUUGCGUCUUUCCCAGAUGCCUCGGAGAUGACGCAAGAUAAGUUCAUCCUGAGCGUCGGGGCCCAGGUGGGAGGCUGCUUGGUGGACGGGCUGGGAGACGGUGUUAUGGUGCAAGCUCCCGGCCUGGAUGUGGGCAUGCUGCGCUCUGUCUGCUUCGGCCUCCUGCAGGGAUGCCGCAUGCGCAACACGAAAACGGAGUACGUGUCUUGCCCGAGCUGCGGACGAACCCUCUUCGAUCUUCAAGAGGUGACAGCGCAGAUAGCUGAAAAGACCGGGCACUUGCCGGGGGUUGCCAUUGCCAUCAUGGGUUGCAUCGUAAACGGCGUGGGAGAGAUGGCAGAUGCCGAUUUCGGAUACGUGGGUGGGGCACCUGGAAAGGUGGAUCUUUACGUGGGCAAGGAGAUGGUGCAAAAAGGAAUCCCCAACGAGGAGGCCUGCGACGCCCUGAUUGAUCUCAUCAAGGCGAACGGUCGCUGGGUUGACAAAGAACCGGCCGAAGAGGAAGUCGUGGCCGCGUGAACCGCGUGAAGGAUCAAAUCCACUCUUUUCCGAGGGAAGGAAUUUUUUUUCGAGCGAUGUAGGGUUUUGUUUUAGAGAGAGACGACGUUCCAACUAAUCGUUUAGUGUUUCACAAACUACACUAGGUGCGCACACGGAUCUACCCGGUACUUGUCACCUAGGGCUAUCGUGUACAUUCCUGAUCUUUUGAACCAGUAUCUGCCCGGCAAAUAUGGCAUGCCCUGUCACCCCUGACACAUGCAAAAACAAACGAGUACAGCUCGUUCCACCUCGAAUCAUAACGCGUUUUCUCGUUCGGGCGUCCCGUUCACCCGCACCAAAAUCCUCAGUCUAGUGUAACGAACCCCGUCGUUCUUCAUUCGAGAAUUCAAGCUGUCUCGAUCGAGGCGCUCUAGCUGGGGCACGCCUGGUGACUGCAGGCUUCUUUUUCAAGAGUGACACAUUCGUGGUGCUUGCCUCACGAAAACAACGGCAAUCUCAAAAACUUUAACUUGUCUAUAUUUUCUUAUUUACUCGACGCAAAAAUGCACGGAGCCUGCUUUUUUGGGAAAAGAACCACUUCUCUCGUGCCGAACACAACCAAUGGCUUCCCCACCCUCCCCCCUCCCGCUUGGCAGCGUACUGCUCUUCGUAACAGGCCAAGCUACCUAACUGCUACGUAUCUUCACUUCUUAACUCCCUCUUCACAGGGAUGGCCGUAUGAUUAGCUCCCACUCUGCAGAGGGACAACCGUUCGGUUUGUCGUUUGAACAAGGGUCUCGUAUGCGAUUUGAACUGGCGUGGACCACUUGCCACUGUCUUUCAUCGCCGCCUUUUUCCUCCUGCAUGUCUUCAACAGAUCGUUGAUGCGAACGCUUUCCGGCAACCCACCACGUUGGAUGACCGUGUUUGAC